CGUUUUUUUGUCGUCACAUUUGUCUCUUUCUUAUGAUGUUCAGGAUUCGAUCCAAAUGUCGUCGGAAAUUGCUCGUUGAAAUCUAGUAAAUCAAAAUAAAAAGGUGCGUUUUGGAGGUGUCGCCUCCUCGAAGACGUUCUUCAAAUUUCGGGCCAGUUUCACGUGUCUGGUUAUGACGCGCAUGUCAAAACAAAACAAACAAACAAACAAAAAAGGCUAUGGAGGCCUGUAGUCCGUGACCCAAACGUGGCCAAGCGAGACCCGAUUCAACCCAGUUGGAGCUGAAUGGAAGAUGUGCAAAUGGACGCACUUUCCUCAUCCUUGGACCUCACAAGCACACUAAAACGCCGACGCUCAAUUCGGUUUGGAUUCGAUUUUGGUGCGCUCCGUACGCCGAAGCGGCAGCGGCGGCGACCUUUGAGGCCGGCGGUUCGCCCACCGAGGACACGUUGAAGAUGAUGAGCGACAUGAUCCUGCUGUGCGCCACCUUGGCGCUUUCGCUCUUCUUCUGGACCCUCUCGCUGACCCUCAGCGCCUACUCGGGGUGGCUGCGGCCCGUGUCGCCGUGGCGAUGGCUCUUCUCCAUCCUGGUCCCGGUGGUGCUCAGCACGCGAGCGCUGAAGAGACGCAGCCUGGACCGAUCGGGCGCGCUGGGAGCCGUGCUCGUGGGCUUCGUGCUGGCCAUGGCCAACUUCAGCUUCUUCUCGUCGCUGCUGGCCUUCUUCUUCACCUCGUCCAAACUGACGCGCUGGGGCGGGGCGCACAAGAAGAAAAUUGACGCCGACUACAAAGAAGGGGGCCAAAGGAACUGGGUGCAGGUCUUCUGCAACGGCGGCGUCCCCACACAGCUGGCGCUGCUCUACAUGAUCGAGGCGGGCCCGGGCGAGAUCCCCAUCGACUUCGGCCGGCAGUACACGGCGUCGUGGAUGUGCCUGUCGCUGUUGGGGGCGCUGGCGUCCAGCGCGGGGGACACGUGGGCCUCGGAGGUGGGGCCCGUGCUCAGCCGGUCGCGGCCCAGGCUCAUCACCACCUGGCGUGAGGUCCCCACAGGAACCAACGGCGGCGUGACUCACGUGGGGCUGGCGGCCAGCUUGGCGGGCGGGCUGGCAGUGGGCGCGGCCUACUUGGCGUCGCAGGCGUUGUUCGUCUCCGACCUGCAGCUGUGCGACCCCCAGUGGCCCGUGGUCCUGUACGGGGGCGCGGCCGGCCUGCUGGGCUCCCUCCUGGACUCCUUCCUGGGCGCCCACAUGCAGUACUCGGGUUUCGACUCGAGCGUCGGGAAGGUGGUGAGUUACGAGUCGCCCACCACGCACUGGAUCAGCGGUAAACCCAUCCUGGACAACAACGCCGUCAACCUCUUCUCGUCCGUCCUGGUCGCCCUCAUCCUGCCCGGGAUGGCCUGGAGCGUGUGGCCGCACUAGGGAAGAGACCUGGGGGGGGGUCCUCCGGUUGGCGAUGGGGAAAAUAAACUGUUUAACUUUUUGCGUUGAAAAUUUUAGUGUGCUGCCGUUGGGGUUGUUCUGUACAUCAGAAGUGGCUUCAAAUCAAAAGGAGGAAACCCCCCCCCCCAAAAAAAAAAAAAAAAAAAAGUGGCACUUUCAUUAACUAUCUGAAAAUAUCUACUAACUACAAAAAUGCCAUCAAUCCAUGUCAGCUUUCUCAAAAAUAUAUUGUCAUACCUACAUAUAUUUUACUUUCUAAAAAAAAAAAAAUCUCCCAUAAUAUUUCAAUAAAUUGUCAAGAAUC